GAGUUAUAGAGGUUAUAAUUCUAGGUUAUUAUCUUUUAGUGGGGUCUAUAGUAAAAGUCGGUGAGUCGGCGUUAUUUACCGAAGAAUCACGCCAAACUGAAGAAUAGCUGUACUUCGGAUGAACUUUCUGCAUGCCGAUGUUUAUACAGACCGGACCAGAAGCGUUCCUAGUGUCAAAGGCCUUCAUCCCUGGUUAGAAAUUCAUAACUGUCUGGUUCUGGCGCAGAAAUCCAUACACAGAUUCUACUUCGGGACAAUCAGGCUUUUGUAGUGUUGUAUUAUUGGAUUGAAGGCGUGGAGGCGUUGAGGGCGUAUUGAUUCUCAAGGCCCGCUAGGCCAAGAGCGCUCAGACCUUCUCAGAUUCGGCAGGCAAAAGCUUCGUCUGGUCACUUUUCUAGAACGCCAGAUGCAACGCCAUCGUAGUUUGUGGCUGAUACCACAGUCGAGAUACAGUACAUCAUUAGCAUGCGACCGAGAUGAGGAUUCUCGCCGACUGUGAAUGCGCUGAAAUAAUUUUUGCUGUAGUGUUGUUUUUUGAUUGUAAGGAUUGUUGUUGUGACCCUUCCAGGGGGGCUGUUUGCAUGCCGGACACGGGACAAUAAUGCUGGAGGUAAUAAUAGAAUCCACCGGAUCCUAAUGACGGCCUGGAGCCAGCAGCUUUGCUUUGCUUUGCUUUGCUUUUGGAAGUCGGAGACCCUCAGGGUCGUGUUGCUUCUAGUGUCAGCGCCUCUGGCACUACAGUAGGUAGAGGACAACAGUCAUCCAUUGAUUCGGCCAGAAUCGUCAGGAGGUUAGGACGUUUGUUGAGGACUGGUUCUCCAUGUGCGCCAGAGAAAGACCGACAUUUGCGAAUUGACCACUACUGUAGUACUGACUACUACUGAGUCCUGACCAGGACCAGGAACACGAUGGAGCAAUUUCCUGCCUGACUCCCCUGACUCCCUGAGCGCACCUGGUUGGUCGUCCGCCCGGUUGAGCCGCUUUGUUUUAGCUUCCCCUGCAGGCAUCAGGGCCAGGCGAGCCAGGCUAAUAAUGCAGACACGGAUAUACAUAGGUCGAAAGAAGAGUAGCCCGCUCAAUUCAGGGCUUCUAUUCGCCAAAGCUCUUAAGCGAGAUGAUACCUGCUCUCAGUUUUGCAGUUCUCCAUUUUACGGGGACGGGGCUAAAGUCGAAGGACGUCGUAUCGUCCCAUUUACCGUCCCCGUCCCCGUCCCCUCACACGGUCAGACGGCUUCCUCACAAACGUCGACGACAAGAGCCUUUGCCUGUCUGUCUGUCUGUCUGUCUGUCUGUCUGUCUGUCCGUACACGCACAUCGACAGCAUCUGGCAUGACGGCAAUGAGUUGACGCAUUGCUCAAUUAUCGCGUCAAUCCGCGGCUUUCGAAUCUGCACACAGCGCUGUCGAUAUAGCAGCACGCAGACUGCAAUGGGCGAACAUCACCAUUUUGGCAGGCCAUCACUCCUUCUGGCCAGCCACGACAAAGCUCAUCGCGAGCACGUACACCAACACCAUCUUUUACACCGCGGGGAUCCAAGUGUAGUUGGGGAGAUAGUCACGGAGGUUAUCGCAACUCUUACGGUCAUCCAGCAAGUCACAGUCGAUUCCAAUGGCAUCACCAUCGGCCUACACACAUUCACCGCCGACUCAACAGGCGGCACCGUCUUUCCAUCUACAACAACGGAGAAAGCUACUCCUGCUACCACACCAGCGAGUCCAGGGACGAGCAGCUCAGGCGCUACAGCGCCAUCGACGUCCGGAUCUGGACCCGGAAAUCAAAACGCAAACAAUGCAGCAUCUGCCUCACAGUCAUUACUUUCCAUUCAGAACAUAGAGUCAGCCUCGGCUGCAACACCCAUUUCCUCGAUACCCACGACCUUUUCUUCGAUUCUUGCUACCUCUAAUUCAUCUUCCAUAAUAUCAACCUCAAGUAUAAGCGGCUUGACACCAAGUUUCUCUAACUCUUCAUCAUCAUCCUCAAGUCUUUCUGGCUCACCUUCGAGCUCGGUAUCCAUCAAUCUUCUAUCCUCGAGCACUAUCUCUGACGAAUCGUCCACCUCGUCACUCUUAUCAACCUCUGUUUACUCGCCAAGUUCAUCCUCAUCAGCGACGGCAACUGGAACCGAUGGCAUUGCUGGUGGAGGAUCGGGAACAGGAACGGGAUCUGGCGAUACCUCGACCAGUACUGCAGGUUCUGGUGAUGGCUCGGACUCGUCACCGUCAACAUCGACCGUUGUUGGGGGAGUGGUAGGCGGUGUUGCUGGAGCUGCAAUUCUAAUCUUCCUUUUAAUGAUUUUAAUUCGCUGGAAGAGACGUCAUUCAUCCAUGUUGGCUUUGGGUAGUGGGGAGGGAGAGGGAGCUGCAGGUACAACUCGCAGUACACCGCCAUCUGGACCGUCUGGAGAAGGAAUGGCCGAACGUUCUUCAUUUGGUGGUUUCGCUGUUCCAGCCGCCUUGGCUACCCUCACAGGAUAUAAACGAUCCUCGCAAAGAACGGCAGACCGAACUACUAUAUCAUCAACAGCCGGUAGCGAGCGAGGCUUCUACCGAGUUUCUGGAAGGAAGUUGCCGUCAGUACUGCAGACUGGUGGGGAUGGCUAUGGUGGUGGCAUCAUGGAAUCGAACACCUUGAGUGGGUCAUCUUUCUACCGAGACUCUCAAGGCUUCUAUGGCGGUCCUGGCGGUCCAUCCUCGCCUCCUGUAGGCUUGUCGAUGCCACGAGAUAGUGGUGUACCAAUCAUGAGAGAAGGUCCGGCCCGUACACCAGUUACAGAACAAGGACCAUUUGCAGAUCCUCCCGCCUCGUUGACACCGCCACCACGUCGACCUGAUGUCGUUGGGAGGUCACACCCUUCGUUUGAUGGGUCUCAGCGCUCCCGGUUCACUGAAGAGGUUUGAAAUAAGCUUCUCGUCUCAAAGCAUGUCUUUGACUCCCUGCCUGUCGUCUGGUCCAGGGAUCCCCGAUAUGGAUGAUCACGAAUUCCUCUGUUUCUUUGUAGAUUUUAGGACUGGUGCCGAGGAGGGAGUGAGGAAAGGCACCAUUUUCUUGGCUGGAAGAGCCAGGAUAUCUUUGCGUUUUGCAUUGGAUUGGCGUUUUAUUCUGAUGUACGGAUCGGAUUUCUUGUUGCGCGUUUGAGGAUCUGAUAUCAUUUGUUGAGUGAACAGUUCAUUGGUUACACGCGAGAGAUGUUCGACGACUGCAAAGGCCUCGACCUUUCAGAUGAUGGAUCGGCGGGGAAGGGGAGAGGAGGACCUGCCCUCUAUCUGUCAUUGGUUUGUGUCACUAUGUAUACUACCAUGAUGAUGCUAUUGAGUCCUGACAGCAGGUCGAUGGGUCACAAUAUAUAUUGUCCUGAGCUACCCCUUCUACCUUUCUCCGAGGAGCUUUCUUUCCCGUGCUCUUCUUUUCCCUCUAAUCGACAACCAAAACAGUGAGCCCUGCAUAGCUGAGUCAAGCUUUUGCACCGCAUUAAGCUUACCCUUCCUUGCGGCCCCCCGUCCCGUCUGAAGGGAAGAUCAAAACAGUCGUUCAUCACCAAAUGUGGCUGAGCAGGAAGAUGAUACACCUGGCACGGAAUCUGUCACCUUGGCCAAUACGAAUGAGGGUCGUCAGCAGUAGGAGGCAGGGAAUGCAUUGGAUUGGUGUCUUGGAGAUGCUUCUAUGCAGAUGUUGAGCGCUGAUUUGCGCCAUCUGUGUACCCGUUUCAUGAGUGUCGGAGGUGCAUUGAGAUGGUGUUAUUGGUGGGCUGCCCGAUGAACGGUCUUUGUGUGUAUAUAUGGGAAGAAACCUGUUUGAGGACUCAAGAGAGGCAAUGGCUUGAAAAGAUGAUAGUUGAUCGCACGUGUGAAUCAUUUGUCCAAUGUGAGGGUGAAGAUAUUAAUAUGGCUCAAGCUUCAUCGACUCUCAUCCAGCUCGACACAGCCGACGCUCGUUCUCGUCCCAUGAAAAAGGGAGGCGACAAGAUGAAACACUUCUGAGUUGAAUGGUGGAUACUUUCGAACAUCCAUCGAUCACAUCAUCACGGCACCAUCCAGACCAUGUCAGCAACCUUAAAUCGACUUCCCAGGCGCUGGCCAGGCACACCUUGACAAGAAUCCGGCACUCGGAGAUGGCGACGAAUAAGAAUUCAGCUAUGGUGUCACAGAUUGAUUUCUUUUAUGUCUACUGCGUAUCACGAUUUUCUGUGAUUCGAGAACGUCCCAUGGCAGGGCAUGGCAUGGCAUGGCACAGAGCCAGGGAGGCGCAGCACCCUGUCCAUAUUGACGUUGUGGAUGGAUAGUGAUGGUGAUAGCCUCAACUUCUCGUCUCGCGUCCAUUCAUUAUUGCACUCUGUUGGCAAUCGGUAAUCAAGCGAAGGUAGCGAUGUGAUGCGUUACACCACAGCGGGUCUAGUUCCAGUUCUAGUUCAUGGCUCCUCCAAAGUCUUGGUACGAGUGAUCGACACAGUGCCGUGGCAGUCUGCAGCCAGAGAGGGUCGAGACCAUGAACUUCGAGGAGCAAGACUUUAUCUGACAAGAGUUGCUUGGGUGGUGUGGAGCUUGAAUUUUCCGACUCGGGGAGGGGGAGCAAGCAGCAGCAGCACAUUGGAAGGCGCAAGAUAUGGUGCCAUACCGUGAAAACACAAAGCAAAGGCAGAGGCAGAGGCAGAAGCAAAAGCAGAAGCAAAAGCAGACGCACGAUCUCGCUCUAGCCCACACUUGCAACUCUGUAACCCCUCGGUCCCCUUCCCUUCCCCUCCCUUCCCCUCCCCCCGACCACA